GUUUGCCGUAGAAUCUGCAGGGACCGCGAUUGGACAUGGUGGGUGGGUCUCAAGAUGGUGCACGAGGCAACACGUUUCGGCGGAACUUUAUGGGAUAAGAGAGCGCUAGAAGACCGCUGUCCUCGGGGCCAAAUGCAAGGUAGAGAUGCUGGUCCGGAAUUGGAUGCGCGUCCAUCACUUCAGACUCGCUUUAGCUUGCCUGACGGCCUCUUAGACACAUGCAGGCAUGCAUCAGAACGGUCUGGAACAUCGCAAUUUGAGCCUACGUCAAUACAGGCAAUCGCGAAUGCGAUCUCCGCACCCUAGGGAGACUAUCUCGCAGGAGGCAGUUAUCGCGACCUCAAUGCAAUCGCAACAGUACGAAUGUUCCCUGGCGUGGGAUGAUCGUGCAAGCAACCCAAGCCCAUCGCAGAGGGAAUGCCAACCGCGGGGCACAUCAUCUACCGCAGCACAAAGUCCUGGGAACGUCCGUUGUGGGCGACGCCACCUGCCGUGGAACUCGCGGCCGCAGAAGCGCAACAAUUGAACCUUGUAUACUCAGACACGGAGGCUUGUCCCCCUGGACCCUUGUAACGGUAUCUGCCGCCAAGAAGAGUCUAGGCAUCCCUUGAACCUUGUUCUCGGAGGCAGUCCAACGCAAAGCCCCAUGGUUAAUUGGCAUUUUCGAGCCGAUGUCGUUGAA